CGUGGCAGAGAUCAUGUCGGUCCUUUUCUUCCACAACAUGAAGUACCGCCCUGACGACCCGAGAAACUUCAACAACGACCGCUUCAUCCUAUCCAAGGGUCAUGCUGCUCCUGCUCUGUACUCCAUGUGGGUUGAAACAGGUUUCCUGAAAGAGAGUGAUCUGCUCAGUUUGUGCCAGGUCGACUCGACUCUGGAGAGCCACCCAACUCCUAAGCAACAAUUUGUUGAUAUAGUCACCGGAUCACUGGGGCAGGGUCUCGGGGUGGCAUGUGGAAUGGCCUACACUGGGAAAUACUUUGAUAAAUCCAGUUACCGUGUGUACUGCCUGCUGGGUGAUGGUGAGAUGUCAGAGGGCUCAGUCUGGGAAGCCAUGUCCUURGCCUCCUAUUAUCAGCUUGACAACUUGGUGGCCAUCAUGGACAUCAACCGUUUYGGCCAAAGUGACCCAGCACCCCUGCAGCAUCAUGUGGAGAAGUACCAGCGGCGCUGUGAGGCUUUCGGCUGGCAUGCCAUCAUUGUGGACGGACACAGUGUGGAGGAGCUUUGCAAGGCUUUGAGCCAGCCACGCCAUCAGCCCACUGCAAUCAUCGCUAAAACCAUCAAGGGCAAAGGCAUUCCAGCUGCUGAGGAUAAGCUGGGCUGGCAUGCCAAAGCUUUGCCCAAAGACAUGGCUGAGAUGGUGAUGAAGGAUCUGCAGAGCCGGAUCACGAGCAGCAGUAAGCACCUGUACCCGCCYGCCCCCAUCGAGGACUCCCCGCCUGUCAGCCUGAGGAACAUCAGGAUGCCAAGCGCUCCCAGCUACAAGGCUGGAGAAAAGAUUGCUACUCGCAGGGCUUAUGGGAUGGCUCUGGCCAAGCUGGGUCGCUACAACGAACGAGUCGUGGUUUUGGACGGAGACACCAACAACCUCACCUGCUCCGAGAUCUUUAAGAAUGAACACCCUAACCGCUUUGUUGAGUGCUACUUCUCUCAGCAGAACAUGGUCAGUGUUGCCAUGGGAUGUGCUGCCCGAGACAGGAACGUUGUGUUCGCCAGUACACUCGCUUCCUUUUUUACUCGUGCAUAUGACCAGAUUCGCAUGGCGGCCAUUUCAGAGGGCAACAUUAACCUGUGUGGCUCCCACUGCGGUCUGUCCACUGGAGAAGAAGGCCCCUCUCUGAUGAGCCUCGAGGACAUGGCCAUGUUUCGAGCCCUUCCCACCGCGACCAUUUUCUAUCCCAGUGAUGGCGUGUCCACAGAAAAGGCCGUGGAACUGGCUGCAACCACAAAGGGUGUUUGUUACAUUCGAACCAGCCGCCAAGACAACCCCAUCGUUUACAGCAGCAACGAAGACUUCCACGUUGGACAGGCAAAGGUGGUGUUUCAAAGCAAGGAGGAUCAGGUGACUGUGGUUGCAGCUGGAGUGAUGGUGCAUGAGGCGCUUGCUGCUGCUGAGCAUCUAAAGAAAGAGAGGAUGUCUGUGAGAGUAAUCGAUCCCUUCACCAUCAAACCUCUGGACAUAAAAACCYUCAUCGACCAUGCACGCGCCACCCGGGGAAGAAUCCUCACUGUUGAAGACCACUACUACGAAGGUGGUCUUGGGGAAGCAGUGUCUUCAGCAGUGGUGAACGAGUCCGGAUUCAGUUUGCACCGCCUGGCCGUGUCCCACAUUCCCCGGAGCGGCAAACCUCACGAGCUCCUGAAGGUCUACGGCAUCGACCGCGAUGCGAUCACCCAGGCCAUUCGGAAGAUGCUCAGCAGCGCCGCUAAUGCCAAGUAACUCUCUCUGAGCCCCGCCCACCCCUCUCAUGACCCUCCUGCAGAUGACGAGAAGCAGUCACCAACGUUUUGGAAUCAUAACACCUUUUUGCUCUUUAAAAGUCUUUCACCGUGAACACCCUCCYAAAAAGUGUACCGAAGUGUUGUGAGUUGUGCAGUUCACCUUGACGUAGACUUCCACUUACCUUUGUGCUUUCGUCACACACAUCCCGCACAAACACACACAUUCUCUGUAACAAACGUUUCCUUGCCUUCCUCUCUACAUUGUCACUAAUCUAGUCCAGAAAAUAAAUACUGCCCUUAGCUGACAUUGUCAACGAUGGUUGAUCCCAGUAUGAAACAAUCCUUUGUGUGGUCUUCAACAUGUGUUCUGCUUACGUGUUUGCAGCUCCUGAUGCUGGGGGUGGGGCCCAGCUUUAAAGUAUCAGUGUUUAAUGUGGCAACAGUGUCAGAGCGAAGCAAGAUUGAUUGUUGUUCGUAGAAGGUAGUGCAAAAAUAAAAAUCAAACAAAUGUAGCGAGGUCAUAAAGAGUAGACACACAAAACCAUACGUCACAUCGUCAAAUUUCUGUUUUUAUGAGUUCAGCUGUGAUUUUCUUUUUUUUUUCCAGCUCUGAUUUGUUACUGAGUUUUGAGUUAUCCUAAACAAACACAUCUCAGGGCUACAGGUCCACCCAGUGCUGACUGAAAAUAUGACUCAAAAGUAGAUUGAUUACUCGAUGCGUCUGACUUGUGAACAGGAGAACAAACACCAUCUUUGUUACUUGAAAUUUUGUAUGCCCCAUACUUUCAGGUAAUAAAGUCCUCUGCAUUUGACUUUGAAAA